GUACUCCCUCUCCUUCAGGAGUUUUUUGCCGUACGAUCGUAGCAACGCUGAUGUAAACAAACCCAAACCACUUGUUGGAAUUUCGGCGGAAAUAACACUUAAAAACCUUAUCGCCUUGUAGCAGAUAAAAAAUCAGGCAAACCUACUGAAACAUUGUUCAAUUGGAAGACAGCCUACGAUCAAAUUAGACGCUGUGACUUUGGCUGUAAUUAGAUGCGAUGAGCAAACAAGAUAAACUCGAGGAAUUAAAGAAGGCGGUGAAAAGUUAUCCGGACUUUCCUAAACCGGGAAUUAUUUUUUGGGACCUCUUUAGCAUAUUAUCAAACCCUUCAGCAUCCACCUUAUUGAAAGAAAUAUUAAUCGACACUGCCAAGACAAUAUGUCCGCCAGUUGAAGUUGUGGUAGGCCUAGAUGCCAGGGGCUUUCUAUUAGGCCCCCUCAUAUCUCUAGAACUGAACAUUCCAUUCGUCCCUAUCAGAAAGAAGGGUAAACUACCUGGGAAGGUACAGAGUUACAAAUAUGAGUUGGAAUAUGGUGAGGCUACGGUUGAAAUCCAAGAAGAAUCAAUAAAAGCAGGACAGAUAGUUUUGGUGGUAGAUGACUUACUAGCAACUGGAGGUACUCUAGGAGCUGCAUGUGAGCUAGUUAAAAAGCUGGGAGGAACUGUUUCAAAAUGCCUGGUUGUGAUGGAACUGCCAGCACUGAAUGGCCGAAAAAAAAUUCCAGCAGAUGUAAUAUCACUCAUGGAAUUCUGAUAUAAAAUUUACAAUAACAAAAAACAUUCCAGAGGCUAUUUUGAUAACCUUCUUUUUAUACUUUUAAUAUACAAUAAUUAUGAAUAAAGAAGUUUAAUUCUAUUUUAUU